AUGUCACCACAAAACCCCUCGCAUAUUCUUGUCACCGGUUCCACGGGCUUCAUCGGUGCCCAUGUGGUAGACAAUCUCCUGGCCCGUGGCUUCUCAGUUCGGGGAGCAACGAGGUCCGCCACAAAAGGUGCACAGAUGAAGGCAGCACGCCCGCAGUACACCUCAAAGCUGGACUUCGUGGUGGUGGAAGACUUCACCAAGACUGGUGUUUUUGAUGCCUCGAUAGAGAGCAUUGACGCCGUGAUCCAUGUUGCGAGUCCAUUUUUCUACGAUACCACCGACAACGAGCAAGAACUCAUCUUACCCGCUAUCAACGGAGUCCAGUCGAUCCUCUCCGCCUCAGCCAAGCCAGGAAGCAACGUCCAACGGAUCGUGCUGACAUCCUCCUUCGCUUCGGUCGUUGACGUCGACAGCAACCCUCCUCCCUCAUUCACCUAUACCGCAUCGGACUGGAACCCCCUCACAUAUGAAACGGCCAUUGACCCCAAGUCUACUUCAGUGGUCGCUUACCGAGGAUCCAAGAAAUUCGCCGAGCUAGCCGCGUGGGAUUUUGUGGAAAACGAAAAGCCACAAUUCGACCUGGUUGCCCUCUGUCCCCCAAUGGUGUUCGGUCCUGUUGUGCACCCAGUGCCCAGCAUUGAACACCUGAACGAGUCAAAUGCGGUUCUUUGGAGCGUGGCUGCGGGGGUGGAUCCUCUUCCCGUGGCGCGUGUUCCGGCCUGGAUCGAUGUCCGAGACCUCGCCGAAGCCCAUGUUCAAGCCCUCCUGACUCCCGAGGCGGGUGGAAAGCGGUUUAUCCCUGCUUCUCCGGAGCCGUUCUCGUAUGGGUAUGCGGCUGAUAUCAUGAAGGAUGCAUUUGACUGGGCCAAGACCUCGGUGACCAGUAGCUACAAGGCGGGCGAGAAGCCGCACAUGUCUUAUGGAGUGGACGGUGAGACGGUCGCUCGAGAGCUUAAGGUGAAGUAUCACAGCUUCCAGGAUACCGUGGUAGACUUUGUCAAGCAAGUGAAGGAUACCACGCUUUCUUAG